CUAUCAAAUACAAAUAAAUAUUCACCUCUUAAGUAUUAAAAAUGACUGAACUACGGUCAUACAAGCGAAAAUACUAACCAAAAACAGAAACCUUUAUCGAUUGAAUAAUGCACAUUGAUGAUAUUAACGCAGACCUUUAGUGCAAAAUGAUUGUUGGAAAAUUCACACCGGAUAUGCACAUUUACAUUUGACAGCCAGACACUUGUCAUGCGAAAGAAGCGAUAGAAAACAGUCUAGUCAUGACAAAAUGGCGAGCGGUGUUGGAAAACAUAAACUGCUGCUGGGCCCGACAGACCCAUGGUCAAUUAGGGAGAAGCUGUGCCUCGCCUCAUCUGUCAUGAAGAGUGGAGACCAAAACUGGGUUUCCGUGAGUCGAGCCAUUAAGCCGUUUGCAGAACCUGGACGUCCUCCUGAUUGGUUCUCUCAGAAGCAUUGUGCAUCACAAUAUUCUGAGCUUCUGGAGACAACAGAGGCGCCAAAGAGGAAGCGAGGUGAGAAAGGCGAGGUGGUGGAGACGGUGGAGGAUGUGAUUGUUCGCAGGUUGACAGCAGAGAGGAUCGAGGAGUUGAAGCGAUUGAUCAAAGACACGCAGGAGAAGCACAGGAAACUGAAGAGGGAAAGCGAACUAAUCCAGGCUGGUCAUCUGGACUCCAAACUCGAGGAGCUAUGGGAGGAAAUUGUACGGAGCAGAAAACAAGAGGAAGAGGAAGCUGAGGUGAAAAGAAAAGCCACAGAUGCAGCAUACCAGGCCAGGCAGGCAGUGAAGAACACUCCAAAACGUGUGCCCAGUGUGACCGUGCGCUCCCCCUCUGGGGCCUGCUCUCCAAGCCUGGAUUUUCCAAUCGGAGAUUCAUCUGAAGAUCCUGGCUCAACUGCAGCAGGACCAACAGUGUUUGUGCCGCUGACUGAGCUGCCAGGCCCUGGAGUGGUAGAGGCCAGUUUGGGGUCUCUGCUGGAUGAAUCAACACAGAAGAAGCUUUUGGGUCAGAAGAUCACGCCGCCUCCAUCUCCUCUCCUGUCAGAACUGCUGAAGAAAGGCAGCCUCCUGCCCACCAGCCCCAGACUGGCAGUCGAGGGAGAAACCCCAUCUAAUCAACUUGCGGGGAGUCAUGAGAAUCAGAUGAUGACUUCUUCACUACCAGCCUCUCAGGCAGCUACAGGUGCUCCUACACUGUCUCGUCUGCUGGAGGCAGGCCCCGCCCAGUUCCCCUCUCAGCUCAGCUCACUGGCCACUGCAGACUCCGCCCCUAGUGCUGCCACCUCUGCAGUGGAUGUUGUUGCCCCGCUCAGCACAGGUGAAGGAGCUGCUGGGGCUUCAGUGGAUAAUAAGGAGGCAGUUUUAGGAGAAGAAGACCUGGUGACUGUGUCUUAUAUGGCAGAGGAGCUGGACUUGGAGACAGUUGGGGACAUCAUAGCCAUUAUCGAGGAGAAGGGCGAUGAGAACGCAGAGGCGCUGGAUGCUGCAGUAGUGGAAGCUGCGCUGUCUCUGUGUGAGGACACGGGUCACAGCCUGACAGGCUCCUGGGAGCCAAACCCCUUCAGGCCAAUUUGCCCAGAACCAUCCAGCACUUCAGCAGACUUAGACCCGCACUCCCUGAAUCUCUUAGAGGGGAAAAGAGAGGGUCCAGACGCGUGUGGAUCCAGCAGUGGAUGCGCACAGAUGUACUCCACCCCGUCCAGCACUGUCCCAUCAGUUCCUCAAGACCCCACACCUAUAGUUGGAUUGAAUUCAGAGCCUGACACCCCCAGACCGGAGCACACAGACCAGGCCCAGGACGAGCAACCAGAGUCACUGCAUUCUCUGAUCAAAAGUGAGGCUGAGGAAUGGACACGCUCUCAAUCAGAUACGCGGUCAGUCGAUGACCCGGUGAUAAAACAGCACUCAAAGGAAGUAAAAGAGGAGGAGGAGGAAGCGGCGAGCGAUGCGGAGGAGGGCAGUGUGUCGGAGAUGAAAAGCGGAUUGGAAGGGGAUGGAGCGGAGGAUUGUGGAGGAGAGGAGGACGGAGACGCUGUUUAUCUCUCUGAAGCAGAUGGGGACACAGAGCUGGACCCUCCGGCUAGCGAGAGUGAGGACGGCUACAGCAUGCACACGGCCUCCUCAUCCAUACAGCUCCACACCACUGCAGACUCCAUUCCCAGCAGCCCUGCCUCCUCACAGUUCUCUAUCUGCAGUGAAGACCAAGAAGCCAUUCAGGCUCAGAAGAUUUGGAAGAAAGCCAUUAUGCUGGUGUGGCGAGCAGCAGCCAAUCACAGGUAUGCAAAUGUCUUCCUGCAACCGGUUACUGAUGACAUCGCUCCUGGCUACCACAGUAUCGUGCACAGGCCGAUGGAUCUGUCCACGAUCAAGAAGAACAUUGAGAACGGUUUGAUCCGCACAACGGCCGAGUUCCAGCGCGACAUCAUGCUUAUGUUCCAGAACGCAGUGAUGUACAACAGCUCAGAUCAUGAUGUUUUCCACAUGGCCGUGGAGAUGCAGAGGGACGUUCUGGAGCAGAUCCAGCAGUUUCUGGCCACGCAGCUGAUCAUGCAGACCUCAGAGUCAGGCAUCAGUGCCAAGAGCCUGCGAGGCAGAGAGGCCAACCGCAAACAGGACCCCAACGACAAGGACUGUGUUCCAAUGGCCUCUCCUGCAUUCCUUCUUUCUCUCUUUGAUGGAGGCACAAGGGGGCGACGUUGCGCUAUAGAAGCAGACCUGAAGAUGAAGAAAUGAGUCUGCGAUAAUUGACCUCCUUUGAAACACACACAAGAGAGACUGACUGAUGAAGACCGCAUAAGACAAUCUGUCUAAACCACAUCUCAAACAGCCAGGUUUAUGAGGGUUUCACGGGAGCUUGGUGUUUGACAUUGGACAAUUAGAAGUUCGCCUCAAAAUCUGAGUGUGCGUAUUUGUGUCUGUAUGUUGUUGUUGUUAUUGUAAGGUGAGUGUGUGUUGUUACAUAUUUAGGAUGUUUUGUGUACGAAUAGUGCCUUUAUAGGUAUUGAUGAAUGACUGGGAAUAAACCUGACGAAAGGCCAAAAAGUUCAUGACCUUUUUAUGAGUGAAUAUUACUGAUUACGAUAUUAGUUCACCCAAAAAUGAGCAUUUUGUUAGAAUUACUAACCCUCAUAUCUUUCCAAACCCGAAACCUUUCAUUGUCUUUGGAAUACAAAUUAAGAUAUUUUAGGGGAAAUCUGACAACUCCUUCAUACUCCAUAGAUAGCAAGGUUCCCAACUCUAACAUCAAGAAAAACGGCAAAAAAAUAAAAUAAAAAUCCUCGAAACUGAAAAUACGGACUUCAGUGGUUUAACUACAAUAAUAAUCAAGCUAAACGAAUACUUUUGAGUGCACAUAAAACUAAAUGAACUACUUUAUUCAACAUUUUCUUCCCUCAGUGUCAGUAUAUUGUACAUAGAUGUACUCUGCAGUGAUGUAUACCCCCUCUGAUGCCAAAGCGCAACUUUCUCUGUUAGAACUUAAAGCACAGGAGCAUCCGAGGUAAUACGUCAGAGGCAGAACCAAUCGCGACAUGUAAACACAUGUCCUAUACUGACACUGAGGGGAAACUUUUUUUAUUCACAAUCAAAAAUUUUAUACCAAUGUUUAAGUCAUUAUUUAUUAAAGAUCUUUGGUGACAAUUUACAUCCAUUUAAAGGUGCUGUAAAGAAAAUGUGGUUAAACCAAUGCAUAGUCAAACAAUAAGUGUUCAUUACAUGGAAAAGGCCAUACAGCCUCAAACACCAUUGCUUACUUGUUCUCAUGUAAAUUCCAUGAGUGUAAAACCCUGUUGAAAAGCAGGAUAAUCAGAAGACAAAACAGAUUGUUGCGUGACUUAAGAUUUGCAUGUACUGUAGGUAGGGCUGCACGAUUAAUCGAAAAAAAGAUCACAAUUUCGAUUUGACCCCCACACGAUCUUAAUCCAGCAUCUCUACGAUUCAGCCAAUUAUAAUUUCAAGUUCGGGAGAAGCAUAAAGGAGGUAGCACAAGUCUUCACAUUGUUUUACAUACGUUGCUCAUACGUUACACCUCCAAAUGGCGUUAAAAAAAUCACAUACUGUAUUUAUAAGGUAUAAUUCACCCAAAAAUGUCAUUUCUGUCUUAAUGUAAUCAUGUAUUCGCGGCUGCGAAAUGACAUGUGAGCUGACGCACUGCGUGUUUACUACUGAGAGGACACGCAUAUGCCCAUGAAUGAAGUCUGCAUAAUAAAGUUGUAAAUAACAUUUA